AUGACCACAUCAGAAUCGUUAUUUCUUGAAAACUCUCUUCGUCGUUUAUCUCAGUUCAUAAAAGAAGCUGAAAAAUAUGAACAACAAACAAAACAGCAGCAACAAGAAAUAAAAAUAUCUUCACCAGUUAAAAUUGUAAGAGAAUAUUUAGAAGAGAGUAAUGAAAUAUCAUCAAUCGAUGAUACCGUUGAACAAUUUCAAAAUUUUGAUGAAUUUUUUGAAACAAAGAAACAUUUAUACAAAACAUGGUCAAUUUAUGAUGAAGAUAAUGAACAGUUUUUAAAAAAUAAACAAAAAUUAUUUAAACAACUCAAUACACAGAUCAAUACAAUGUCUAGUUCAACCGAUAAACGAGUUAUUUUGGUUACAGGAGCUAACAAAGGCAUUGGAUUUGAACUUGUCAAAAAACUCAGCAAUAAUAAGGAUGUAAUUGUUCUUUUAGCAACUCGAGAUUUCAAACAAGGUGAACAUGCUGCUAAAAAACUUGGUGAUUGUUCAAAUAUUCAUUUAUUACAGCUAGAUACAUCAUCAUCUCAGUCCAUUCACCAAGCGGCAGAACAAAUUCGAGAUGCAUACGGCUAUUUGGAUGUUUUAAUUAAUAAUGCUGGUAUUGCAAAACCAGACUAUAAUCUUCAAGCGGCUAGAACAACAUUUGCAACAAAUUAUUUUGGAAUUAAAACGCUUAAUCGAUAUUUGAUACCGUUAAUGCGACCAAAUGGACGUAUUAUUAAUGUAUCAAGUGUUAUUGGAUUAUGGACACUCGACGGUUGUUCAGAUGAAUUAAAAUCAAAAUGGUUAAAUCCAAAUUUGACAGAAAGUGAAUUAGAUAAAUUAAUUGAUCAGUUUUUUGCUUCUAUUGAACGUUUAACAGAAGAAUUAGAUGGAUAUCCUACACAAUAUUCAUUUCUUAUUUAUGGUAUGUCGAAAGCCGCUCUAAACAUGUUAACACGUAUACAAGCAAAUAAUCUUACCAACGGUAUUCUUAUUCAUGCUGUUUGUCCAGGAUAUUCUGAUGCUAGUUUGAAUCAAGAUUUAGCUAAUGAACAUUCCCCUAGUUUAGGUGCUGAUUCAAUAUUGUAUGUUGUUGAUCAUAUUGAAAAUGAAAAUGGAAAACUUUGGCAAGAUGGAAAAAAGGUAGAAUGGACGGCACCCUGUAAAGAUGAUUUCUUGGAGUUUAUGAAAAAUAUGCAGGCUAUACAGUAUUAA